AUGAUUGGUGCAUGGGGUAUGCUGUGUAAUGUAGUGUUUACAGCAUGUAAUCGAACUGUCGAUGCGCAUCACCAGAUGACUGGCCGUUUAACGAGCCCGAAUUAUCCAAAUCCAUACGACCACAACAGUUCCUGUACAACAACAUUGACCGCUGCUCAAGGAUAUUAUCUCUUUUUAGUUUUCAAAGAUUUUAAACUGGAAAAAGUGCGUCGAUCAUUUCAUGGAAGACUAUCCUCUCCUAUUCGAGAAAUGCAAAUCAUUGACUCUUUCGGCAACCGCACCGAACGAUACUGCGACUACAAAUUGCCACCAAGCUUUCUGAGUUCUGGCAACAGUUUGCAAAUAUAUUUCAAAAGUGAUAGUACCAUGGCUCCCGGAGGAUACGACGUCUAUUACUAUGCCGUGCAACCGUCCUAUGUCGAGACAUCCACUUUAUAUGAUUUUGGCGCCAUUAGCGAGUUGCAAGGAGCGAUAACGAAUGUUGGCUAUCCAGGAUACAAAAAUCGGCAAAGGAUGAGUUCGUGUGUACUCUGA